AUGGCGCUCACCGUCGCGCCCGCGAUCGAGGCGCGGCGAAGCGUCGAGGACGCGGCGCACGCCGAUGACAGAUUUGCGGCGCGUAUCUCCCGGGACGCGCAUGAAAUUCUGCACGACGACGACGACGACGACGACGACGACGACGACGACGACGGAUGGAGAAGUGUGCGUAAGACGUCGUUUCGAAGUCCGAACAGCGCGCUGAGCGCGGAGACGUCGUCGACGAAGAUGGAGGAGGAAUCCGAGGGCGGGGCGGACGCGAAAACGCCGAGCGAGGCUGUCGCGGAGGAGCGAAAGUGGGCGCCGACCUUGGUCGGGGAUCUGCGAGUGUCUCGACGGAUGGUGAGAGGUGGUGAAGACGCGGGGUCGAGUGGACGAUGGUCGGCGUCGACGUCGGAGGAUUUGGAAUGGGACGAGCGGUCGGGGAGUCGCGUCGCGGCGCUGGAGACGCUGCGAGAGGAUGUCUGCGACGACGAUCUGCUGGGGAUGACGGAUCCGGACGAGGUCACGAGCGUUGGAACCGGGGGAUGGCGCUAUCGCUUGGACGAUUUUCAGCUCGUCGAGGUGAUCGGACGCGGGCGGUACUCCGUGGUGUACGAGGCGGUGUAUCGGCGGAUGAACACGCGAGUGGCGCUGAAGUGUUACAUCAAAGACAAACUCAAGGCGCACGUGUUCGAACAGAUUGCGCACGAGAUCGCGGUGUACUCUAGGCUCAAACAUCCAAACAUCGCGGCUUUUCACGGUUCUUUCGUCGAUCCAGAGACGGGGAACUAUUACAUCGUGCACGAGUGCAUGCGGCGCGGCGACGUCUUCAACGCGUUAGCGCGGACUGGCGGCAAGUUUUCCGAGCGGCGAGCGGUUUCGAUGGUGUUGAAACCGGUGAUUGAGGCCAUCAGAUACUUGCAUCAAAAUCGCGUCGUGCAUCGCGACCUCAAGCCGGAAAACGUUUUGCUCACAGAGGACGGUAGCUCAAAGCUCAUCGACUUUGGCUUUGCACUGCACUUGGACUGGUAUAAACCUCUCGGACGCUUGGGUACGACGGACUACAUGGCCCCAGAAGUUGUUAAGUGCGACAAAGCGUAUCGUGAUGCGAACGCGAAGCUUUCAAAGGAAGGAUACGGGGAAGCAAUUGACUACUGGUCCAUCGGUUGUUUCGCGUAUGAGCUCAUCGUCGGAUUUCCGCCGUUUCAGUCGACCAGCAGAGAGUCUAUUUAUUCACUGAUCACGGCAAGACACUUUAGAGUGCCCGCGUUUGUUUCCGAAGAAGCGAGUGAUUUCAUCCACAAAUGCCUCGUACUCGAACCGGGUGAAAGGAUCAAGCCGAGAGAGAUGCUCAAGCAUCCUUGGAUUGUCGCCAACUCCACGCUUGAGGACGAGGGCGUCGAGUCGCUCGAGCGAUCGUGCGUGCAUGAAGAGAUCGGGACACCCACGAGAUCGGCGACAGCGAGAUCGAUGGUAUUACGCUCGUUGCAAAGCGUAUCGUCCAAGUUCUCCAAUACGAGGAUCACGCCGCAAGCCCUCGAUUCUUUGCGAGAAGAGCUCGAUUGGCAGUACGCUUCGAGACCAUCCUUGGAGCGAGGAGAGAUUGACCGCUCGUCCGAGGCGUUCACAACGUCGACUUCUACGGUCGAAGGCGUUGAUAUCGUCAGGGCGCGCUCUUUCAGUCUCUCGCAUCGUCUUCGACGUUUCGGUUCGACUUUUGCGUUCAGGUUCCGUAACCGAGACUAA